GGAUGUGGCCCCCCUCUCGUCCCACUCCAGCAGCGGCGUUGGGAUUCAGACCGGCCGCCUGGAGAGCAGCAGAUCCUGGGAUUUAUCCGGGACAAGGGCGACGAUCAGGGCGGGGCUGAGGCGUCGGGAGCCCGGCGGAGCCUCAAGCGGGAUCUCGGCGGAGUUCUCCCGGUUCCGCACGAUGGACCAGCUUUCAGAUGAGGAGGUGGGAGUCAGGGGGGAGGAGGAGGGGGAGGAGGAGGAGGAAGACAGUGAGGAAGAGGACAAGGACCUGGAUAAGAUGUUCGGGGCCUGGCUGGGGGAGCUGGACAAACUGACACAGAGCCUCGACAAUGGGCGCCCAGAGCCCCCCCCUCAGCAAAAAGCGCCCCUCCAUCAGGAGACAAAUAUGGCCAACUUCUCCUAUAGAUUUUCAAUUUACAACAUCGCUGAGGCGCUGAAUCAAGGGGAGAAGGUGGACCUGGACGCCCUCAUGGCAGACCUCUCUUCCAUCGAACAGGAACUGGGCACCAGUGGCCCCAAGCCCAGUGGGGGCAGCAUGGCCCUGAUGGGUCUGUCUGACACCAAGGCCAGACAGAGGCCCCCGGCGGGGCACAGCGGCAGGCAGCCGCCAGGGGGGGUAGGUGGAUGGGGCAGCAGCGGGGCGAGCGGCAGCAGAGGGUCGCCUGCUGGCACUGCCGUGGAGGCCGGCGGACACCAGGGGAGGCCACCGCUGGCGUCCAACUUCAGCCUGGACGACAUCACGGCACAGUUAGAGAAGGCAUCCCUCAGCAUGGAUGAAGCCGCCUGUGAAAGCUCCUCCCACUCGCUUAGCUCCUCCCACUCGCUUAGCUCCACCUCCUCCCGCUCUUCAACCACCAAACUGCGGGCGGGGUCGUCCCAGCGACAGCACCGGCGCACCGGCUCAGUGGGCACGGUCAGCGAGAGCGAGGUUCGUUCCAUCAUCCAUCCCUCGUGCUCCUCUAUCAGUUCGGCGUCCGGCGGCUCGGUUAACUCCGCCUCCUCCAUGGACUCCUUGGACAGCGUCCUGCACGCCGAGUUUGGAGGCCCGCGGGCUUCGGUCCACCCUUUAGCCGACGGUGGCGGACAGCCUCGUUCAAACACAGAGCACUCGUAUCUGGACAAAGAAACGUCUCUGAUUCUGAGAAACAUUGCAGGAAAGCCCCCGCACCUGCUCACUAAGACGUCCAGAGACCUGGCUUGCUUUCUCCAGCUGGAUCACGUGAACGUCUACCUGGGCCAGGACUACAAAAGCAAGUACAAGGCUCCUACAGAUUACUGCAUGGUGAUGAAGCACCCUCAGAUCCAGAAGAAGUCUCAGUAUAUAAAGUACCUGUGCUGUGAUGACAUCAGAACCCUGCAGCAGUGGGUCAACAGUAUUCGCAUCGCAAAGUACGGGAAGCAGCUGUACAUCAACUUCCAGGAAGCGUCGAGGAAAUCAGAGGCAGCCUAUGAUUGGACCUCUCUCUCCUCUUCCUCCAUGAAAUCAGGAUCCAGCUCCUCCAGCCUUCCCGAGUCUCAGUCCAACUCCAGCCAAUCAGACAGCGGCGUGUCGGAGAUGAUCUCAUCCGGACACACCCGCAGCCAGAGUGUGGUCAGCUCCGUGUUCUCCGACGCCUGGAGGAGAGGAACACAGGGAGAGAUGAAGAUUGACAGCAUCAGCCGACCAAUCCCUGUGCAGAUGCCCACUCCGUUCCCCCCGCCCACCUCCUUCUCUCAGCCUCCGACUCCGCCUCCACAAGGCAGCCACCCUGAAAGUCUCCUGCAGUCUGAGGACUCCUCCUCCUGCCACCCCUCACCUCCUCUGCCCCCGCCCCCCACAGCAGACCCACCGCCCCCCACCUAUGUGAAGUACAGCACAUUGGCUCGCCUGCAGACCCAGACUCAGUCCACGAUGGCGUCCGGGGGCUUUGCCGCCUCGGCGCCGGCCCCCUUGCAGCCCGCCAAACUGAACUACAACACUCUGCCCGCUGGUUAUUGCACCUCAUCUCCCUCUCCUCCUCCUCCACCUCCCCCUCCACCCACCAUGCCGGCUCCUGGCUCGGCCAUGGCCGCCCUCAAGUUUGGUCCACCGAGCCCCUCUGCUGUCCUUCCAGCACCCCCCAUGGAGGUGGAGGAGGAGGAGGAGGAGGGACCCCACUUGUUCUACCUCCCACCUCCACCAGAAAGCCUUGAAGCCAACAGGCUGCCGCCUCCCCCCCCGGCGGAGCUGCCCCCUGACUGCUGCCCCCAGCUCUCCAAUUCUGGUCUGCAGCAGUUUCUGGCUCAGAAGUUUCCCAACAUGGUGUACGACUUCAGCUCUGCAGAAGCCGACCAAUCCACCCCCCCAGCACCCCCACCGGCAGGACUCUCCCCCCCCACGUCUCUGCCAGUUCUACCGCCCAGCUCCCCCAGUGCGCCUCCCCCCGCUCCUCCUAAAACCUUCACGUGUGCGUUUCCCAAACCUUCUGGGCCCUCCUCCCUUCCCAUUGCCCUCUCCCCCGUGUCUCCCACCCCGAUGGGCCACGGGCCGGUCAGGAAGCAGCAGAGUUUCUCCACAGGACACUCCCCAAAUCAGCCCCCUCCCACUCUGCCCAAGCAGCACAGCCUCUCCUCCAAAAACCUGGCCGUCUCUCCCCCUUCGUGCCCCCUCCCCAUCUCCAUCGCAGCUGCCACCUCCUCUUUGGUGAAACAAAUUGUCAACCAGUUUCCACAAAACUCCUCAGUGUCUGCCCCCAGCAGCUCCACCCCUCAGAGCCCCCCAGCAGUGAAGGCCAAGCCAAAGUGGCAGCCUGGGGGUGUCGUGGCUCCACAGUCCCCUGAGUUUCCGCCGCCGCCUCCCGACAGCUCACUGACGGAGCUCCCUCCUCCCGCCUCCUUUAAGACAGGUUCCCCCAUCAAGAAGUCCCCGUCCACCUCCUCCAUGGGCUCCACCAAGCGGGGGCCUCCUCCGGCACCACAGAGAGCCUCCUCCAUCCGGGACGCUCCAGAGGAGAGACCCAAGAAGGUGGAGAGUCUGGUCAACAUGUUUGGCCAAGCCCCACCCUCAGGGACUCCGUCGAGUUCUUCCUCAGCCACGUGCUCCCCCUCCAAAGACUCCCUCGCCGCUCCGCUCCCCAAACCCGGGAAGCUCAACUUAUCCAACCUGCCUCUGGCGCUUCAGGGGCUUCAGACGGGCCAACAGCACCAGCCUACCGACUUCUCCGCUCCUCCUCUCCCGCCUCCACCCUCGCAGCUCGUACGCGUGGACUCCUCCCCCGACUACUUCCCCCCUCCUCCCUCCGAUUCUGAGCUCUUCCCUCCUCCACCCCAUCCAUCAGAGUUCCACCACCCUCCAAAGGUGGCUGUGGUGAACCCGCAACCUCAGGCGCAGCAGACCCCGCCCUCUGCGAGCGUGAUUUCUUCCUCAUCGUCAUGGAAACAAAGCUCACUGAAAAGGGGCUCGGUUCCCCCGCCCACAAUAAAUCGGCGUGCCAGCAACACAGCUCAUAAAGACCUCUCCACCUCAAUGCCUCUUGCCCCUCCAAAUAUGUCUCAGACUCCGCCCCCCUCACUGUCUUCCUACUCCUCCUCAUCCCCAGUGCCCCCAACCUCGCCAAAAUCUGGGGGGUCGGGGUCUCUUGCUUUUAAACCUCACUUCCUAGAAGACCUGAACCGCACUCUGAAGAGGAAGUCGGUGUCUCGCCAUGGCUCACUGACCUCCUCCCACCUGAUCUCCUCCUCCAAGAUGGAGCCUAUGGGCACCAUGGACGACAUGGCGCUGCUCCCGCCUCCUCCCCCUGAGCUCCUGCAUCAGCAGCAGGGGGUCCGAGGACACUGCCACACUCUGUCCCGCCACCAGCCGCGCUCCCACUCCACAAAACAUGCCAACAUCUCAGGCUAUGCAACACUGAGGCGAGGCCCGCCCCCUGCCCCUCCCAAACGGGACCAAAGCACCAAACUGACCAGUGAGUGGUAGAGACUGAGGGCAGUGGCGUGAGCGAGCUCGCCCAAUAGGGUUCCUUCAUUUUGUCGUGGUUCCUCAUCCUCAGAUAACCAUCCUGAUCCAAAGCAAGUAGUAAACUGUGUAUCCUUAAUCCAGGCAGACUGUUAAUGUUAGCCGUGUUACUCCCUCAAAAAA